AAAACUGAAUAAAGUGAUCUAGAACAAUAAGCAGUGAUGAAAACAUUAUUUGAUGAGUGCAUUUAAAAAAAAUCCACCAUAGAAUUAAUUAAUUAACUUACAAAAAAUAAUCAGUGAAAAAGCAAAAGUGAUACAGACAAUGAUGGAUAAAACAUAUUUUAUGAAAACACCAGACUAGAAUUAAAGAUUAAAAGACUUGCAAGAUAUUGCAAAAAAUAUCAAUUCCGUGUGUGUUCGAAAAGUUGACUGAGAAGUUGAGACUUAUUUUUUUUUAUAUCGCACAAAGUACGAUGUGAUAGAAAUUUCGUCGUAAAAAGAGAAAUAAGCGCAAACUAAUCAAAAUAGAAAUAUUUUUGCAAAUUGACAAUUUAGUAUUUUGAUAAGUGGCAAAUUUUAAUAUAUUAAUAAAAAAAUUGUAGAAUUUUUGUGUCUGUAAAUCGUGUUCGCAUAAUAAAUCAAGAAUGGCUGUGCCCUUUCACGUGCCCGAAGUUAGUGUUCCAGCAACAAGUGCUGCAACAUCAUCGUCAUCAUCUACAACGUCAGCAACAUCACCGCAACCGCAAAAUCCAAGCGGUGCUGCCCACAAUCACUCGAUGCCCAUGAAUGUAGUAAACAAUGAAUAUUUGGUGCAAGCACUUUGCGAAGCACUUUAUCGGUAUUCUCGUGCAGGAGGUACAUUGACAUCACCUCCAAGUCCAUCGUCGACAUGCACAACAUUAUAUGGUAAUGGUGAAGUAUAUUUCAACUUUAAUGAUCUCCACAAUUCGCACCUAGAUGACAUUUAUGGAUCGCCGCGUCGUCAACGUAGUCAUAGUUUGUCAAUUCCACCAUCAUCACAAUCGUCAAGAACUAUAUUUUCUUCACGAGGACACGAAAUGACUGACGACGAAGACGAUUCAACCGGUGAGAAUUUCUCUAAUCCCAAUUACAUAGAAGAACAUUAUAACUGCAUGACAUUAAGGGAGCAAUUGCAAGAAUUCCCUGGUCGUGUGCCACAACGAAAGAGAAAAACAACUGCAACAGUUUUGGGAAAUCCGCAACAACAAAAAUUACACAAGCCAAAGGAACAAAAAUUUGCAUGGUCAACAAUAGUUGCACUAGGCGUGUUAGCGGUAGGCUGUGGAUUGUUAGCUACUCGGUGAAUUAAGUUAUCUUUUUAGUUAUGAAAAUAUAAAUUUUGUUUAUAUCAAAAAUAUUUGGAAAAACUAACAAAAAAAUAUUCAAAAUGAAUUAAAGUUUAAGAAAAAAAAUUGAAAUUGUGUAAUUAAAAAUUGCUUUAGGCUUCAUAAUAUAGAAGUCAUAUAUAUAAUUUUUAUUUGCUACGUAGAGAAACUUGAGACAUGAAUAAUAAUUAUAUAUUUGUAAUUUUUUAACGUAAAGACAUGCCGUGAAAAUUCACUGCCAUAAUAACUAUUUGGAAUAUUAUGCUGUGUGUUUUGAUAAACGGAAUCAGAUAUCCCACAUUUUUUGAUAGACUGCUCUUGUUUUGACAUCAUAUAGCGAAGAAAACUUAAAUUUUGAUAAGAAAUAGAAAUUCAUUUUUUUGAUAAAAUUAUGAAAUAUAAAAAAAAAUAUUUGGAACUUAAACAAGCAUGAUUCUUAAAAUGCAAUGAUAAAAAAUAAAAAUAAGAAUUAAUAUUAAUAUUUUUGUAGAGAGAAAAAAAAAGUUUCCACAAAAUUUAUCUCACAUUUUUGAUACAUAA